AUUUUGGGACAAUACCUAAAAAAAACCCCAAAGAGGAAAAAAAAAAAACCCAGAGGUAGAGUUGAUUGAUUCUCUUUUUUUGAAUAUAUACGAGAGAAGGAAUCUGAAUGUUAUCGCCGGAGAUGAGAAGUGACGGCGUGGAGUUGACGUCAUCUCCGCCGGGGAUGAUGUCGUCGGCAGCGGCGGUUAUGGCGCUUAAUCUGAAGGACGCUUCGAGUUGGUGGUCGGACGUUAACGAGUCGCCGGUGUGGCAGGAUCGUAUCUUCCACGUCCUUGCUGUUCUAUACGGAAUCGUCUCCUUCGUUGCGCUGAUUCAACUGGUGAGAAUACAAUUGAGAGUUCCAGAAUACGGUUGGACGACGCAGAAGGUCUUCCACUUUCUCAAUUUCUUGGUGAAUGGAGUUCGAGCUGUGGUUUUUGUCUUCAGGCGGGACGUACAGUAUUUGCAUCCAGAGAUUCUGCAACAUAUUUUGCUCGAUAUACCAAGUCUUGCCUUCUUCACGACCUAUGCCCUUCUGGUCCUCUUCUGGGCAGAGAUUUACUAUCAGUCCUUUUUGAUGGAGCAGGCACGUGCUGUAUCCACUGAUGGACUGAGGCCAAGUUUCUUCACAAUUAAUGCAGUUGUAUAUGUUGUUCAGAUUGCUCUUUGGUUGAUAAUGUGGUGGAAGCCUGUUCAUGUUAUGGUGGUCCUGUCUAAGGUUUUCUUUGCAGGUGUUUCAUUGUUUGCUGCUCUUGGUUUUUUACUGUAUGGAGGAAGGCUUUUCCUAAUGCUACAGCGGUUUCCUGUAGAAUCCAAAGGGAGGCGCAAAAAGUUGCAGGAGGUUGGUUAUGUGACAACCAUAUGUUUCACGUGUUUCCUCAUCCGAUGCAUCAUGAUGUGCGUUGAUGCUUUCGAUAGUGCGGCAGACCUAGAUGUAUUGGAUCACCCUAUCCUUAACUUCGUAUAUUACCUGCUUGUGAUAUCAUGUGGGUUUCAGUUGGUUGAGAUAUUACCGUCCUCUCUGGUGCUAUUUAUACUGAGAAAGCUACCGCCGAAAAGAGGAAUCACUCAGUAUCAUCAGAUCCGCUGAGCGUAAAGGCGGUUCUUUUGAAAUGAAUAUGCUCUCUCCAUAUCCAAUAUGGAGGAAACAGAAGGAACAACUGAAAAGAAAAGCUCGAAAUUUGGUCUGCGUUUGCGGUUGUUGCUGAGGAGAGGAACCAAGCCGUGUAGAUACUAAACCAGGUGAUGUUGCUCCCUUCACAGUUAAAAGUUGAAAAAGUAAAAAGUAAAAAAAAAAAAAAAAAAGAGAGAGAGAAAGAGAGAAACCGAAGCAGACAUUUAUUGAGUUACAAAAGCAUGUUGCGACUUCUUUUACAUAAUUUUAUAGUUGUCUUUUACAUAGACUUUGACUGUUUGGAGCUUUUACAAUUUUUGUAAGUUAUUUUCUUAAAAAAUCAA